CCAAUUGCGUAAGGUUAAAGGACCAAUCCUUUUUCAAUUUUCUUUGAAACGUUAUAUCGUUCCUCCUAAAGUCACAAUCCCGUGCUAAUCUCUUCGCACUUUCCUCAAAUUACCAUUUUUUGAUACAGGACUGUUGAUUUAGACUGAUUAGCAUUUACCCUUAUUGUCAGUUUCUUGUUGAUAGCAAAUUCGUCUGCAUUCUAACUUAUUCAUCAAAAUAACACUUCGCGAUAGGUUGUUAUAUACAGACCGCCCAGAAUCAGACCAAGUUCAGAGUGGCAAAGUUUCAAUUUUGUUGAACAUGCCUGAUUGAUCCGGACUGAAAAGUUAUAAUUUAAUAAAAUGGCAUUUAAAUUCAUGGUACACGAGAACACCUCAGUUACUCAACCACACAACAAACCACAGAAUAUUCUAGAAAGUCUGGCGCAGUUUAAUGUCACUGAGGAAUCCUUGCCGGGUCAUCCUCCAAGGACCCCAAAGUUGAAAAACUCCGGACUUUUCCCGCCAAGUCUGGCGUUGUUUUUGACAUCUGAAGAAAUACGAUCGAGGAAUAUUUCUGGAGAAAGACCGAUUGAUCUGACAGAAAAACUAGAGAAACGAGCAUCUGCUGCCAAAUUCAAUUCAAAGGAAGUAUUUGAGGAAUUUGUGGCCUCGAAUCGGAAGUGCAGAUGGUGCCUGGAUCUGCAGACUGCCCUGGGAGACAUGCAACUGCUGGGACACCUCAUACACGCCCACUUCUCUUUGGUGCUACUCAUCACCUGCAAAAGAGACAUUCACUCUCUCAAGGUGCUCAAAGACUGCUGGACUAGAGGAGUCAUUCGGCCCCCGAAGAACUUCAAGAUCGACCAGAUUGGUGAAGUUGGAUGCUUCGACAUUUCGGUGCUAGAAAGAUGCUCGCCUACUCUAAAUGGGUUCAAACAACACGACAAUUACCACCCACACAACAAUCACCAGAUGUUGACAGAUUUGAUUUGCUCUUCAAUCGUCGACAUGACAGAUCAAAACAGACAGCCAGAUCAGACAAAUAUCCUGCAAGCCUGCAAAGGACGUCAGCAAAAUUUUGGCUCAAAAUUUUCGGAUGAUCAGAUAUUGUCAGCGCUGGAAGGAUUGGCGAAGAACAAGAAGUUGCAGACAACUACAGUUUCUACGCAGUCGGCGCCGAUCUAUUGCAUACUAAGUAACACCAACUUAGCAGACCACAGAAACUCAAAAAGCUCUUGUCACAACAACAACAAUCGACCACUCUCGUUUGUGAACCAACAUGCUGGAGUUACGAAAGAAAACAACCAACUUUUUUUCAACCACGAUAGUGAAAACGAAAAGAAAUUUUUCACACCAUCAGACCCGCCUCGCGAAAGUCCUUCAAAAAGUCCUUCAAAGCCACCUCAAAAACCAGUUCAAAGUAUGAGCAAAAGUGGAUCAACUGAAAAUUCACCGUUCAAUUUUGUAACAAACUACACUAAUCCAACAACUAAUUUAGACUUGAAUAGCGAAAGUGAUUCUCCUAAAAAUUGUGUCCAAACUUUCAGCAAACUUAUUUCGAGGUACAAGCAUAACUCGAGCAGUAUUUAUACCAAGAAAAAUCAAAAUUUGGUCUCUUUCAAUGCCCAGUUUCCGCCAGAAGAUGGUUCAAAUAUCCAAGCAAGUGACAAUUCACCUGUUCAAAUAACGCCCUCGAAGUUUUCUCAAGGUUUUCAGCAGUGCCAAUUUAAAUCUCGCUGUUCUGAAAAUUGCGGCAACAAAGAACUUUGCUCAAUCGUCCGACAAUUUCGUCGGACGAAAAUUGCUGACGCAAAUAAAUGCUGUACUUCAGACACAAGAACAACCAAAGAAGGUUCAAAAUUUUUGCGACCGAGUUCUUUGAAUCGUUCAUCAUAUUCGGGUAAACCAGAAACGUUAGUUAGUAGUAGUUAUAAUAGCGGCUGUUCUACUAAGUUUGUCGCAUACUUACCCGAAGACAUGACGCUCGGUUCGGGAAGUAUUGUAAAAUGCCCGAUUAAUACCCCCCACUGGGCUAAAGAUUUCGACAACAAAGAUUCUCGACGAGUAAAAAGACCAAAAAACUGGGUGGGAAAUUACGCAAGAAGCCCUAGUUAUUUAACUAGCAGCAGUAACCACGCCAAAGUUGAGUACAGUUAUCAUAAUUAUUUUCACCAUCAGUAUAAUAAACAAGCGCGACGACAAAGACGAAAAAACAUGAUUAACUACUCGCCAUCAAGACUCACGACUUCGGACGAAAUUUAUAACGUACUGUGUCGAGGACGAGUCGCUGGAGACAACGAGAGCCGAGCUGACGCAUUUGCGGUAGUCAACACACCGAUGAAUACUCGAGCGAUGGCUCGGAUCCAAGUCAUGUCUUCGGACGACUCGGUUUUCAGCUACUACCGAGCAAAAUACGAACACCGUGGCCGGCGACAUCGACGUACGACCCGGAAACGAGAGGCCGAGAAACGAAACAAUUCAUUUGUAACUGAACCCUCGAUCAAACUGGGAGAUUUGAUUUCUCCGAGAAGCUGUAAGAAUGACGGAUCCGACAACUCGGAGACGUCGGCUAGUGUAAAAAAUGACGAGCUGCGUCUUCAGAAUACGACAUGCAAAAAGGAAAACGAAGACUCUGGCGUUAUGAUUGAUUCGCAUUCGCCGAAUCAUUUUGCGUCGAGACAUUAAGGAAGUUCAAUGAACUAAAAAAUUGAUUGAUUGAGACAAUCUGUCCGUGGUGCAUUUUAAAUGUAAUUCUUAUUUUUUGCGGUGUCUUUUAUGUUUUAAGUGGUUACAAUAUUUGUCUCUUGAAUUCAAUAUUUUUUCAAUUAGCUGAUCGAGAUACGCAUCUCUGAAUACUGAAUCUCAAGAAAAAAAUCGAUAAUUUCACGCGGUUCUAAAAUUAUAACGACGAACAUGAAAUGGGUUAAAUCGAUUUCAUCAUGCUAGAAACUC